AUGUCCGAUUUGGCGGCAGGAAUGGCCAGCAGUGAUGAGGAGGGUCUGCCCACCGGAGGCAGCGGCGGUCGUCAGCGCGUCCAGCGGGACUACAGCGAUUCGAGGUUGGAACGGGUGGCCAGCUAUACAACGACCACAAUGCGCCUCAAACCUGAUAAAUGGACCAAAAUGAUGUCCAGCGAUGAGCUGCGGCGCAUUGUUUUGGACUGGCAGAGUGGCCACAGUCGCGUCCUGGUGAUGACACUCAGUCCGGGCGGAGAUCUGGUGCCCAGGAGUUGCCUCAGUGACCUGUACCUGCCGUAUUCGGUGCAGAGCUCUCGUGGAUCUGUACCUUCCUCCUCCCCUGGGUUUCCUCUGGAUGGAGAUGAAGCCAUGGCCAGUGUGACGGCCGCCGUAUCCGCCGUGGUAUCUGCCACGCCCGGUGCCCUGCUCAUCCCCCUGCCACCCGCCUCCUCCAGUUUCACGACUUUGGACGGCGUGCCGCGCGGCAAGUGCGCCUACUUCGUUCGCCGUAAUACUUCCGACGGACCUUUGACGGCAGCCAAUUUUGCAGAGAGCAUUCUGUACGGCGACUUCCCGGUGCACAGCAAAAUCGAGACCAUGUCGCUGCUGUUCGACGAGGUGCUGCAGCCGCUCUUGGAGGAGGCACAAAGUCAGUGGCCCGCCAUUGUUCGAAAGGAUCUGCAGGCGCGCAUCAAGGAAGUGCGGAACACGCUGACCGAGAUUAAGGGCAAAACCAACAAUCGCACAAUUUUAUCGUUAUUAGUUUCGCCAACAAUCGUCGAGGAAGUGUUUGCCCACGUGAGCCAAGGUCAUUUAAGGCCAGCACUGGAUCCCAAAUUCCGAAACUUGCUAGAAGAGAUGUUCAUUAACUGGACCACCCAGAUGCACGACAUUGUCCUAGAGCGUUCCGAGUGUCAACCCUUGGGAUCGGCCACCUUGUCCUCCGGACAUCCGCCCAAGCACUUGACACUCGUUUCGCUGCCCGCCCAGGAGAUUGGCUUUUGGACAAACCGGAAGUUAAAUUUGCAAAAUAUCUACGAGCAGCUGCGAGAAGCGACGCACAAAACUCUGGCCCAGAUUUUGGAGCGAAUCGAGUCGGUUUACUAUGUGCCAUAUGCCACUGCCUUUCGGAAACUAGUGGCCGCCUGGCUGGAGGCGCAGGAUGUGUCCCUUUGGCUGCAGCCGCUGCUCCGCCAGACUUCCGCCUUCAAUUCGGUGCAGUUCAGCAACGGCCAUGACCUGGUGGCUCCCCUGGUCCACGUGGUCCACCUGGUGUGGAGCAAUGCCAGGUACUAUCGCAGCACCCAGCGGAUGAGUGUCCUGCUGCGCUGCAUCUGCAAUAUGCUUGUUCAUCGGGCGGCCGAGGAUCUGGAGUUGCAGCUUCUUUUCCAGGGAGACGCCGACGAGGGGCUACUCAAAAUCAAUCGAACCACCGAAGUUCUGGAGCUUUUCAAGCAACGAAUGCUGGAGUACAAGGAGCGCUAUGCCGGCAGUCAGGUCCUCUUGCCCGCCCUCGCCGAUGGAGCAGCUGCAGUGGCUCCUUCUCCCUCACCCGAUGACCAGCAGCAGCUGUGGCGCUUCUGCCACGAGGAUGUGUUUGGCCAAACACUCGAUGGCUUCUCGGCCCAAUUGAUGGAGCUGCGUCAGGUUUUCGAGGCGGCAGUGCAGUUUCAGCAGCUCGAAAAGCUCGAAGUGGGCGGAUUGCGGGGCAAAAUGCUAACAGAACGCGUUAGAGAGAUUUUCGGCGAAUUCAAAUUACUUUUCGAGCAAUGGAGCAACGUGGACAUCGAUCUCACGGCCUCGGUGGCCAGCAAAUGGAAAUGUUUUCGCCGCGAACAAGUUCUCUUCUUCGGUCGCAUGCAACUUUUGGAGCAGAAACUGGCCACCGUUUUGCUCCAGGCCUUCGAACAGUGCCACAGCUGGACGCACUUGCUCCGGCUGACCUUGAUGUUUGGCUGCCUGCUGCAACGUGCAGCUGUGCGACCGGAAUUGGCUCGAGUCCUUCCGCACAUCCUUUUCAUCUACGACACGGAAAUGGAGCAGCUGGAGGAGAAUGUCAGGGAAGUUCUGCUGGGCUACGAAAUUCGAGGCUUGACCGCCUUGCCCAUGGCCAACAAUUUUCCACCCAUCGCCAAUGCGAUGAUGUGGCUGGAACAGCAUAUCAGUCGAUGCGAUGAAUUUGGAGCAAAAGAGUUAAACCAACUGAUUGAACAAUUACUAAAAGAGAAAUCAGAGCUGCAGACGUUGCCCCUUCAGUGGGCUGCUUUGCUCUCUCGUCGCAAUAGUUUGACCACCAAACUGACUAAUCUGCAGAUGAAAAUCUGGACCUCCUGGCAUGAGAGCAUUGAUAGGCUCAUCAUUCGGGGACUAGAUGAAUCGGUGCUCUCCCGAUCAGAGGAUAAUAGUCAGCUCUAUCUCAACUUCUCCCCGGUGCUAUUUACCUUGCUGAAGGAGACCAAGUAUUUGCUGGCCCUGCAGGCCACUGGCAGCUUAUCCGGCGAUCUCUUCCAGCUGCCGGAGCCACUGCUCACACUCUACGGACAGCGGGAUGCCUACUGGGAGCGUCGCAUACGACUCAUCAAGAUUGGGGAGUUCUACAACGGCAUUCGCUCGGGGGAAUGUGCCGCAGCUGAGCUGCAAUUAAUAAGCAAUGACCUGGCGACCAUCGACGAACAGGUGGCACGGGCCUGUCAGCAGCUCAGUUGGCGGAACUACGAUGAUCCGCUUGUGGCGGACAUCUUUGAGCAGAGCCGGGAUCUCUUUGCCCGCCUGCAGCAGUCGCAUGGCAAUCUGGAUGCCAUCCUGGCCAGCAUGCGUCGCUGGAGCCGGGAGCCACUGCAUCAGCGCAGCUUAUACGGUCGCAAUCUCCUCGAUCUGCGCCACCAGCAGGACCGAGUGCGUCUGCGAUUGCUGCAGUGCGACGAGACCAAGAUGCUGCUCAAUCGCCUGCUGAUUGCCAACUUCUGUCUGUUCUUCAACUAUGAGGCCCAGGAGUUUCAGCUGUACUCCAGGGAUCUGAGUGUUCAGGAGUUUGUUCGUGAAUUUCCCAAGGAGCAGCGGCGGCAGUACAACAAAUACCUGGCCAGCGUGGAUGAGUUAAUAUGCCGCGAAGUUCGCGAGGCAAUGAGAAUAAGUUUAGAGUAUUUGUACAAAGAAAUGACAGCAACAGCAACAGCGAAGGCAACGACAACAGCAACAAUUCCAGUGGAUCUCGGUGCUUCAGCCAGCAUGGCAAGGUUAGUCCUACAGCAAAUCACAACGCCACAGGCGACAGGAGGAGGAGGAGGAGUACCAGGAGGACUAUCUGGGGGAGCCCCGCCAGCCAUCAACGAUGCUCCACUCUUCGAAGUUAAAUUGGAGCUGACGGAAACGGAAAUACGCUUUUCGCCCGCCUUUGAUGCAAGUGUGGAAAAUAAUUUUCAACAAAUUGUGGAGCAGCUGUUGCUCGAUAUAAAACAGACAUGCGACUGCAUGCCAAGAAUUGUGGCUGACAAUGCGCUGUCGGAGGAUGAUGAAGACGACGAACAGGAGCCAGAGAAACCGAAUCGGGAUCGGGAACAGGAACUGAAGGGACAGGAGCAGGAGGAAUCGAAGCCGCAGGCCGUGCAAUUCAACCUGCUGGCAGCCGCCAAGGCGUAUAGUCAAAAAAUGGAAUGCACUGUCGAUAGCCUGGAAAUGCUGGAGAAGGCGAUACGCGAUGCCCUGGCGGAUACGGUUGAGGCGGCAGCGGCAUAUGCUGCCAAAUUCCAGGCCUAUGCAUUCCUUUGGACCCAGCAGAGCGGCGACGUGCUGGCCGCCUGCAUGCAAACGGCCAGGGAGCAGACGCACCACGUCAGCGCCGGCGGCUAUGCCAUCAUGGAGACGUUCAAAAAGGAGAUCGAGAACUACAACGAGGUGCACGACGCCAUCGACCAGUGCGAAAACCGGGAGUGCAUCAACGGAUGGCUAGCCCUCGAUAUCAAGCCACUCAAGUAUGGCCUACUCAAUCUGGCCUGCAAGUGGUCGCACCUUUGCAAGAAAUGGCUACUCCGAUACGUCCAGGGAACUCUUAAGGAGUUGAAUGCAUUCAUUGCUCGCGGUCACGAGACGCUGCAGCUGCAUAUCGCCCGCCAGGACUUUUCCGCCCUGCUCCGCGUUUUGGCCAUCAUGUCGGAGAUUCGACAGCGGGAGCCGUAUGCCGAUAACGUGUUCAAGCCGCUGAAGGACAUCAUGGGUCUGCUGAAGACCUACAAUGUGGAGUUCGAGCCGCAGUUGUUGCGCGGAAUCGAGCAGUUGCCGCAGCAGUGGCAGCAGCUGAAGCAGUCGAGUACCGUUAAACAGGAGGCGCUGCAGGACACUCGCUUCCAUCAGCAACAACGCGUGGCCGCUCUCAUCGGUCUGCACACCUGCCACAUGCAGCAUUAUGCCCGCCAGUUCCAAAAGAUGCCGUUCUUUCGAGUGCCCUGCCCCCAAGUUUACGAUGUCUGCGACGAGGUCUUUGUCCGGCUGCACCGCUUCCGUCGACAGCAGCGUCUCUAUAUCCGCUGGGCCCGACUCCUCGACAUCCAGCCACCAGAUUCCGCAACACUGCAACUGUGCGAGGUCGAACUGAGAAGGGUCAAGCAAUUGUGGGACUUUGUGCGCGUCAUCGAGUCGUGCAUCGUGGACUGGCAGGCGACGCCCUGGCUGCUCAUCGACACCGAUGACAUGGAGCACGAGUGCAAGAAGUUCACCCGCGACCUGCGCACCCUGGACAAGUGCAUCCGCGAGUGGGCGCCCUAUGUCCACAUCGUGGGCGUUUUACGGGAACUGGUCGCCUCGCUGAGGGCCAUCACCGAGCUGCAGAAUCCAGCAAUUACCGAGCGCCACUGGAUGGAGCUGAUGCAGCUGACAAAGCUCUCCUUCAAAUGCAACAAAUCCACCAGAUUGGCCCAGCUGCUGACCCUGCAGCUGCAGCAUCACGAGGAGGACAUCAAGAACACGGUGGACCGGGCCAUCAAGGAGAUGACGGUGACCAAAGUGCUGGACGAGAUUAGGGCCACGUGGUCCCAUCUGGAAUUCGAGCUGGAACAGCACCACACGCGUCCCAGCAUCCAGUUGCUCAAGGUAUCUGAGGAACUGAUCGAAACGCUGGACGACAACCAAAUGCAACUGCAGAAUAUCUCCACCUCGAAACACAUUGAGUAUCUCCUGGAUAAGCUGGGCCACUGGCAAAAGGUCCUGGGCGGCAUAGACACGCUGAUUGUCAACUGGUUCGAGGUGCAAAGGAAGUGGAUAUACUUGGAAUGCAUUUUCAUUGGAUCGGCGGACAUUCGCGCCCAGUUGCCAGCGGAUGCGGCGAACUUUGAGCGGAUUGAUAAGGACUUUACGGAACUUCUAGCUAAGGUUAGUGAGGUUCGCGUGGUCAUGCAGGUGGUGUUGCGCCACGAGGAUGUACUUGCCCAAUUGCUGCAGCUGCAACAGCGCCUGGCGAUUUGCGAAAAGGCCCUGAAUGAUUACCUGGAAACCAAGCGACUAGCCUUCCCGCGCUUCUACUUCAUCUCCGCCGCCGACCUGUUGGACAUCCUUUCCAAUGGCAACAAUCCGCAGGUAAUCGACCGACAUCUAAUCAAACUUUUCGAUUCGAUCCUACGGCUGCAAUACGAAACCAAUACGCCCAAUGCCUUGGGCAUGCACUCCAAGGAAAACGAUGAGUAUGUGCCUUUCGUUUCCCCGGAUCCGGAUCAACCUGCGUUUAUUGUUUGUGGCGGGCGAGUGGAACUCUGGCUGCGUGCGAUUAUCCAGCAGAUGAGGAGCACCCUGCAUGAGUUAUUUCGACGGGCUCUGCGGGUUUUUGGGGAGAAACCUCGGGAACUCUGGCUCUACGAUUGGCCUGCCCAGGUGGCCCUAUGCUGCAGCCAAAUCAGCUGGACGGCGGAUGUCAAUCGAUCCUUUGGCUGCAUGGAGGAAGGCUACGAGGGAGUGAUGAAGGAGCUGCACAAGCGACAGAUUGCUCAGUUGAAUGCCUUGAUUAAUCUCCUCUUGGGGGAACUUUCCCCGGGGGAUCGGCAAAAGAUCAUGACCAUUUGCACGAUUGAUGUGCAUUCGCGUGAUGUGGUGGGCAAGAUCAUAGCCUCCAAGGUGGACAAUUCGCUGGCCUUCCAGUGGCAAAGUCAGUUGCGUCACCGGUGGGACGAUGACCAGGCGGGAAGCUCGAGUGGGAGGGCCAGUACGGCCAUCAGUUGUGGCGGUGGCGAUGAGGAUUGCUUUGCCAAUAUUUGCGAUGCUGAGUUCCGAUAUGCCUACGAAUAUCUGGGGAAUACAUCGCGACUAGUUAUUACCCCUUUAACGGAUCGCUGUUAUAUCACGCUAACUCAGUCCUUGCGAUUGCGGCUGGCCGGUGCAACGGCUGGACCCGCGGGAACUGGGAAAACGGAAACCACCAAGGAUCUGGGACGCGCCCUGGGCGUAAUGGUUUAUGUCUUCAACUGCUCGGAGCAAAUGGACUACAAAUCUUGUGGCAACAUUUACAAAGGACUCGCCCAGACGGGAGCCUGGGGCUGCUUUGACGAGUUCAAUCGCAUCUGCGUGGAGGUCCUGUCGGUGGUCGCUGUCCAGGUGAAGACCAUACAGGAGGCGAUAAAGAUGCAUAAAACCCAAUUUAUCUUUAUGGGCGAGCGCAUUUCGCUGGAGCCGUCGGUUGGAAUUUUUAUCACCAUGAAUCCCGGCUACGCGGGCCGCACGGAGCUGCCGGAGAACCUGAAGACCCUGUUCCGGCCCUGCGCCAUGAUUGUGCCGGACUUCGCCUUGAUUUGUGAGAUUAUGCUAAUGGCCGAGGGCUUCCAGGAUGCCCGUCUGCUGGCCCGAAAAUUUAUCACCCUGUACACGCUGUGCAAGGAGCUGUUGUCCAAGCAGGAUCACUACGAUUGGGGUCUGCGGGCCAUUAAGUCGGUACUGGUGGUGGCAGGGACCCUCAAGCGAGAUGACCACAGUCGACCGGAGGAUCAGGUUUUGAUGCGAGCGCUGCGCGACUUCAAUAUACCCAAGAUUGUCACCGAGGAUGUGCCCAUAUUUAUGGGUCUUAUUGGGGACCUCUUUCCCGCCUUGGAUGUUCCCCGCAAGCGGGUUUUUGAGUUCGAAAAGACCAUCAGAAGGGCGGUGAAUGAGAUUAAACUGCAGCCGGAGGAGGGUUUCCUCAUGAAGGUGGUGCAGCUGCAGGAACUUCUGGAUGUGCGACACUCGGUGUUCAUAGUGGGCAAUGCCGGGACGGGGAAGACCAAGAUCUGGCAAACCCUGCGCGAAACCUAUCGCAUCCAGAAGCUGAAGCCAGUGUGUCAUGUGCUCAACCCGAAAGCUCUGUCCAACGAUGAGCUCUUCGGUAUUGUUAAUCCCACAACGAGGGAAUGGAAGGACGGGCUGUUCUCCUCCAUUAUGAGGGAGCAGGCCAAUAUGCCGCCGGGCAAUCCCAAGUGGAUUGUGCUCGAUGGCGACAUAGAUCCCAUGUGGAUCGAGAGUCUCAACACCUUGAUGGACGACAAUAAGAUUCUGACUUUGGCCAGCAAUGAGAGGAUAUCCCUGAAGCGCGAAAUGCGCCUGCUCUUCGAGGUGGGACAUCUAAAGGCCGCCACUCCGGCCACUGUUUCCAGAGCCGGGAUUCUGUACAUCAACCCACAGGACUUGGGCUGGUCACCCUACGUCUCCUCCUGGCUGGAGACCCGUGUGGACAUGAUUGAGCGGGGCAUCCUGACCACGCUGUUUGAGAAGUACUUUCCCUGCCUGAUGCAACGGCAGCGCGACUUCCGGCGAAUCACUCCCAUUACGGACAUGGCCAUGAUCCAGAUGACCUGCCACCUGCUCGAGUGCCUCCUGGACAGCGGCGAUGAGGGCAACGGCGAUGGACGGGGUAGGGGAAGUGGAGCCGUGGGAGCAGCAAAUCCUCAUAAUUUACACCACGGUGAACUCUCGCACGAAGCGAUGGUCUUGGCCCUGGAAACGAUCUUUGUGUACGCCACCGUUUGGAGCUUUGGAUCUGCCCUGAGUCAGGAUGUUAUAAUCGACUGGCACCGGGAAUUCCACAAGUGGUGGACGGGAGAGUUCAAGGACAUCAAGCUGCCCAGCCAGGGCACCGUUUUCGACCAUCAGCUAAAUGUGAAGACCCUAAAGUUUCAGCCUUGGUCGGAACUGGCCGCCCAGGAGCCGCUCGAGGGGCAAAUUGACUCGGAAACGCCAUUGCAGAACGUGCUGAUUUCCACUGCGGAGACCACGCGGCUGGUUUACUUCCUCAAGCUGCUCAUCGACCGCAAUUUGGCCUGCAUGCUGGUGGGCAACUCGGGCUGCGGCAAGGGUGCCAUCUUCCGGGAGCUGUUCAGCCAGUAUGCCGGCGACCAGGAGCUCCUCGAGGUGGCCGUGUCAUCGUCGGUAACCUUAGCAGGUGACAGCAGCCAAAGUCAGCAGCACCAAUCGGUGGUGAAUCCUCCGGCAGUGCGACGGAAGGCCUCCUCCUCGGCGACUCCCCUGCUGACCACCGUUCAGGCCACGCACUUUAACUUCUACACCAGCUCGGAGAUAUUCCAGAAGAUGCUCGACCGUCCGCUGGAGAAGAAGUCGGGUCGCUGCUAUGCACCCAGUGGCCCCAAGCGACGGCUCGUCUACUUUGUCAACGAUUUGAACAUGCCGGAGGUGGAUGCCUAUGGCACCGUUCAACCGCACACGAUUAUGCGGCAGUUCAUGGACUACAGGCAAUGGUACGACCGCCAGCGGUUGCAGCUGAAGGACAUUCGGCACUGUCAGUUUGCCGCCUGCAUGAAUCCCACGGCCGGCUCCUUUACCAUCGAUCCGCGUUUGCAGCGACACUUUUGUGUCUUCUCGGUGGCUCCACCUAGCGAGGAUGUGCUGCAGCACAUCUAUGGCAGCAUUUUGAGUAGUCACCUGGAGAGCGCCGCCCAAGGAUUCAGCAAGGAGAUUCGUUCCAUAGGAAGUCUGCUUGUGAAAGUGGGCAUUGCCUUGCAUCGCAGAGUGGAGUAUGCCUUUUUGCCCACCGCCUUGAAGUUCCACUAUCUGUUCAAUCUGCGAGAUCUCACGGGCAUCUAUCAGGGUCUCAUGAACAGCGUGGGUGCUCCGGCAGCGGCGGGUGGAGGAGGUGCAUCGGGCUAUGGCGGAACCAUCUGCAGCAGACCCUCGGAACUCAUACGACUCUAUGUGCACGAGGCCUAUCGGGUCUAUCACGAUCGCUUGGUGGAUCCCUAUGAUAUCAAAUCGUUUAAGUCCUCCAUUCGAGAUAUAUUCAAGAAGGACUUUGAGGACUUUGACGAGGACUUUGUGUUUGCAGAGCCUCUAAUAUACAGUCAUUUUGCCCAGUCUCUGGUGGACCAGAAAUAUAUGCCUUUGAAAAGCUGGGACUCUCUUUACCAACUGCUUAUAGAGGCCCAGGCCAGUUAUAAUGAGGUGGUGGGCUAUAUGAACCUGGUUCUGUUUGAAGAUGCCAUGAUACACGUGUGCCGCAUUAAUCGCAUUCUCGAGAGUCCCCGGGGAAAUGCCCUGCUCAUAGGAGUUGGAGGUUCAGGGAAGCAAACCCUGGCCCGUUUGGCUGCCUUCAUAUCCUCGCUUAAUGUUUCCCAGAUCCAAAUCAAGCGAGGAUUUGGUCUCCUAGAUAUGCGAGAGGAAAUCGGCAGCCUUUACAUGAAGGUGGGCCUCAAGAAUCUGGCCUCCGUGUUCCUCAUCUCGGAUGCACAGAUUCCCGAUGAAUCGGUCCUGAUGCUCAUUAAUGAUCUACUGGCUUCCGGCGAGAUACCCGAGCUCUUCAACGACGACCAGCUGGACACCAUCACCAACGGGAUUCGCAACGAAGUGAAGCAAAGCGGUACGCUAGACACCAAGGAGAACUGUUGGAGGUAUUUCGUGGAGAAAGUAAGGCGGCUGCUCAAAGUGGUGCUCUGCUUCUCGCCGGUGGGUCAGACGCUACGGGUUCGGGCUCGCAAAUUCCCGGCCAUCAUCAGCCGGACGGCCAUCGACUGGUUCCAUGAGUGGCCCAAAAGCGCCCUGGAGUCCGUUUCCCAGAAGUUUCUCAACGAAAUCAGCGGCAUUCUGGAGCCCGCACUGGUGCCGCCCAUCGGUUGCUUUAUGGCUUACGUCCACGGUACCGUGAAUCAGAUAUCGAGAAUUUAUCUGCAGAAUGAAAAACGCUACAACUACACGACCCCGAAAACUUUUCUGGAAUACAUUUUCCUCUACCGCAAACUGUUGGUGGACAAAAACGGCGAAUUCGCCGAGCGCAUCGCUCGUCUGCAGAGCGGAAUGUCCAAGCUGGCGGAGUGCGCCCGUCAGGUGGACACGCUGAAGCACCAACUGGCCAUCCAAGAGGUUCAGCUGGCAGCCAAAAAUGCGGCAGCCGAUAAAUUGAUUGUGAUUGUGAGUGCCGAGAGUGAAAAGGUGAAGCGGGAGCGAUACACUGCCUCCGAGGAGGAGAAACGGGUGCGUAUCAUCGAGGAGGAUGUCUCGAUCAAGACCAAGAUGUGCGAGGAGGAUCUGCGCCAGGCGGAGCCCGCCCUGGUGGCCGCCCAAGCAGCUCUAAAUACGCUGAAUAAAAACAACCUCACCGAACUCAAGUCCUUUGGCUCGCCACCCAAGGCAGUGGUGAAUGUUUGUGCCGCUGUCAUGGUUUUGCUGGCCAGCAAUGGAAAGAUCCCCAGGGAUCGCAGCUGGAAGGCAUCGAAACUGAUGAUGGUGCGCGUGGACCAGUUCCUCAACGAUCUGCUUAACUACAACAAGGAUAAUAUACACCCUAAUAUCAUUGAAACGCUGCAGGAGUAUCUUAAGGACCCCGAAUUCAAUCCCGACAAGGUGGUGCAAAAAUCCGUGGCUGCUGCUGGCCUUUGUGCCUGGGUGAUUAACCUUCAUCGCUACCAUCAAGUCUUCUUGAUUGUGGGACCCAAACAGCAGGCUCUGCAGGACUCGCAUCAGGAGCUCCUCGAGGCCAGAGAACGACUGCAAUACCUUAAGGGUAAGAUCCAGAAUCUGGAGGCCAAGCUGGCCGAGAUUCAGGCCGAGUUCGAAAAUGCGGUGGCCGAGAAGCAGCGAUGCCAAAGGGAGGCGGACAAGACCUCCUUCACCAUCGACCUGGCCCAUCGGCUGGUCAAUGGACUGGCCAACGAGAAUGUCCGCUGGCGGGAGUCCGUCCAGAGCCUGCAGGCCAAGAUUGGUACCCUUCCCGGAGAUAUACUGCUAAUUUCCUCGUUCCUGUCGUACGUGGGCUGCUUCACGCGCCGCUAUCGUGAGGAACUGCAGCACAAGAUGUGGCUGCCCAACUUUCGCAAAAUCGAUCCGCAUAUUCCGCACACCGAGGGCGUGGAUACCUUGGCCCUUUUCUCGGAUGAUGCCCAAAUAGCCGCCUGGAACAACGAGGGUUUACCAAUGGAUCGAAUGUCCACGGAGAAUGCCACUAUUUUGCAGUACUCGACGCGAUGGCCUCUGAUGAUUGAUCCGCAACUACAAGGCAUCAAAUGGAUUAAGAACCGCUUUGGUGCCUCCUUGGUGGUUUUACGCCUGAGACAAAAGGGUUUUCUCGAGGCCCUGGAGAAGAGCAUCUCACAGGGAGAAACCGUGCUUAUCGAACAGAUUGAGGAAACCAUGGACACCGUUUUGGAACCCCUGCUCAGCAGGGCUCUUAUUAAAAAAGGUCGCUAUUUGCGCAUUGGCGACAAGGAAAUCGAGUUUCAUGCCAGCUUCCGGCUCAUCCUGCACACCAAAAUGGCCAAUCCGCACUACAAACCGGAAAUGCAGGCUCAGACGACUUUAAUUAAUUUCACCGUCACGCCGGAUGGACUGGAGGAGCAAUUGCUGGCAGAGGUGGUUAAAAUCGAGAGACCCGAUUUGGAACAGAUGAAAACGGAGGUUACUGUGCAGCAAAACAAAUUCAAGAUAUCCUUGAAAGCUCUGGAGGAUGAGCUGCUAGCCAGGUUGGCUUCAUCGGGUGAAAAUGUCCUCGAUGAUCAUGCCUUGGUCCUGAAUUUGGAGAACACCAAGCGAACAGUGGACGAAAUCGAGGCGAAAGUAAGGGAGGCCAGGGUUACCACCCUCCAAAUAGAUGAUACGCGGAAUAUUUACCGUUCGGCGGCCAAAAGGGCGGCCAUUUUGUACUUUGUACUCACCGAUUUGAGUAGGAUAAAUCCGAUUUAUAAGUUCUCCUUAAAAUCCUUCAUGCACGUCUUUCGACAGGCCAUCGCCUUGGCUUCAGAAUCCAAGAAUUACGAGCGACGAGUGCUUCACCUGGUGGAUUCCAUUACCCUGCAGACAUAUCGGUAUACUUUACGAGGACUUUUCGAGGCGGACAAGCUGACCUUUACCUCGCACAUGACCUUGAGGAUCCUGAUUGCCGCCGAGCAGGUGGCCAAGGACGAAACGGACUUCCUGCUGCGAUUUCCCCAUGAUCCAAGUACCUUAUCCCCUUUGGAUUUCGUGGGUCGCAGUGCCUGGGGUGGCAUUAAGUCCUUGACUUUGAUAGAACACUUUUAUGGGAUCGACAAGGACAUGGAGAACUAUACAAAGAGAUGGCGGAAAUUCAUGGCCAGUGAUACGCCCGAAAGGGAGCAGUUUCCCGGCGAAUGGAAGCACCGAACGCCGCUGCAGAAAUUGUGUAUUAUAAGAUCACUGCGACCAGAUCGCAUGACCUAUGCGAUGAGGCAGUUUGUGGAGCAGACGAUGGGUCGUUCGUAUGCCGAAAUCCAGACGCCGCCCUUUGGGGCUAUAUUCCAAGAACUAAAUGCAGCCACGCCAGCGUUCUUUAUCCUUUCACCAGGAGUGGAUCCUAUCAGAGAUGUGGAGCGUUAUGGCCAGCGGCAGGGAUUCCAUUCGGAAUCCGAUACCCUCGUAAAUAUCUCACUGGGCCAGGGACAGGAGCUGCUGGCCGAGCAGGCUAUCCUUCAGGCUCUGGGAUCCGGUCAGCAGUGGGUCAUCUUGCAAAAUAUCCAUUUGGUGGUCAACUGGCUGCCCACUCUGGAGAAGCUCAUCGAACGGAUCGUGAUGCAGUGCGAGACGCAGGGAGAGUCUAGUUUCAGGCUUUUUAUCAGCGCCGAACCGGCUCCAGAUCCACAGUACCAUGUGAUUCCACAGGGCAUCCUGGAGUCAUCACUAAAGGUGGUUAAUGAACCCCCCUCCGGAAUGGCCGCCAAUCUGCACAAGGCCUGGGACAACUUCUCGCAGGACGCCCUGGAGACGUGCACCCAGGAGGCGGAGUUCAAGUCGAUCCUGUUCGCCCUCUGCUACUUCCAUGCGGUGGCUGGUGAGAGGCGCAAAUUCGGACCGCAGGGCUGGAACAAGGUGUACCCCUUCAAUAUUGGUGACCUCACCAUCUCGUCGAAUGUACUGCACAACUAUUUGGAGGGCAGCAAUCGGAUUCCCUGGGAGGAUCUGCGCUAUCUCUUUGGUGAGAUCAUGUACGGUGGUCACAUUACCGACGAUUGGGAUCGUCGGCUAUGCCAGACUUAUUUGGAGGAGCUCCUGCAGCAGGAUCUCAUUGAUGGUGACUUUGAGCUGUGUCCGGGAUUUCCAGCUCCUCCCAAUCUCGACUUUGAGGGCUAUCACUCGUAUAUCACGGAAAUGCUGCCGGAGGAAAGUCCCCUGCUUUAUGGCCUCCAUCCGAAUGCCGAGAUUGGUUUCCUGACCACAGCCUCCGAGCAGCUGCUUCGGACCAUCUUCGAAUUGCAGCCCAGGGAAUCGGAACUGAGUUCCCAUUGCGGAGCUCCGCGAGAGGAGCUCGUGAAGAUCAUGAUCGAUGACUUUCUGGACAAACUGCAGGAUGAGUUUAAUCUGCAGGCUCUGCUGAAUCGCGUGGAGCGUAAGACGCCUUUUGUGGUCGUUGCCCUGCAGGAAUGCGAAAGGAUGAAUGCCCUGAUCAGGGAGAUCAAAAGAUCCCUUCGAGAACUGAUGCUGGGAUUAAGGGGCGAACUGACCAUUACCCAGGAAAUGGAGCUACUGGACCACGCCAUCUUCUACGAUCAUGUGCCGGAUGCCUGGGCUCGACUGGCCUAUCCCAGCAUGCUGGGCCUCCAGUCCUGGUUCGCCGAUCUGUUGCACCGCAUCAAGGAGCUGGCCGGCUGGCUGAACGACUUCAAGCUGCCCUGCGCCAUCUGGCUGGGCGGACUGUUCAAUCCGCAGAGCUUCCUCACCGCCAUCAUGCAGGAGAGUGCCAGGAAACACGACCUGCCGCUGGACAGGAUGCUCAUCAGCUGCGAUGUCACCAAGAAACAGAAGGACGACGUCACUCUGCCGCCCAUGGAGGGCGCCUUUGUCCACGACCUGUACAUGGACGGCGCCAGCUGGGACUGUCAGCUGAACUCCAUUGUGACCCUGCGCCCCAAGGAGAUGCUCUGCGCCAUGCCCGUCAUCUACAUCAAGUCCAUUGUCCAGGAGAAGCAGGAGCUGCAGCGCGUCUACGAGUGUCCUUUGUACAAGACCAGGUCGCGGGGCAAUACUUAUGUGUGGACCUUUAACCUGAAGACCCGCGAACGCCCCUCCCGAUGGAUACUGGGGGGCGUGGCAUUGCUACUGCAGCCAUAA